CCGAGCGACGCUUUGUGUUUAGUAUACAAGAGAGAGCGGAAGAGGUGAAGCCAAAGAAAAACUCAGUAUCAAAUCUCAAAAGUCCCAAAGAGUAAAACCCUAAAAAAAAAAGUGAUGAGUGGGAAACUAAGUAAGUUUGAAGAUCCGCCGAGUGCAUCUUCAAGCGAUGAAGAAGAAGACGAAGAUGAUGCCGCUGCCAACUCUUCCUCUGAAGAAGAAGAAGAAACCGAUUCUGAAUCCGAAGCAGAGCCUGUCCCGAGUCCACCUGUGAAACCUCCAGCAGAUUCCAAAAAGGUCGAAACUUCCUCCAAGACCGAGACCAAGAAGCGAUCUAGUGAGACAGAUAAAGGCGAAGCCAAGAGGGUCAAGAGGGUUUCAGGAGAAGAUGAGAAAAAGAGUACUGAGACUAAGAAAACCUGUUUCCAAAGAGUUUGGACUGAGGAAGACGAGAUUGCGGUUUUGCAAGGGAUUAUCGACUUCAAAAACCAAACUGGGUCGAGCCCUUAUGAUGACAAGAACGCGCUUUACGAUCUCGUGAAGAAAUCUGUAAGCUUUGAUGUUACUAAAACUCAGUUCUUGGAGAAGAUUAGGGCUUUGAAGAAGAAGUUUGAUAACAAUCUUGGUAGAGGCAAGAAGAAAGGAAAGGAUCCGUCUUUUUCCAAAGAUCAUGAUCGCAAGGCUUUUGAUUUGGCUAAGUUGGUUUGGGGAGAUAAUGGAAUCAUGGCGCUUGAGUCAUCAUCAGCGGGAAAGAAGUUGAAGAAAGUUGAGCCUUCUGUGAAGAAGCAGAAGCAAGAGGAGCCUGUUGUGAAGAAGCAAGAGGAGCCUGCUGUGAUGAAGCAAGAGUUUUUUUCCGUUGUUGAAUUGGUAACUCGUUUUGGUGUGGAUGAUCUUGCUGCUAAACAAGGUUGGAGUAGGCUUUCUGCAGAGGAUAAGGAGAGAUUUGAGGAGCAAUGGAAAGUGUUGCAGCUUAAGGAAUUCAGGUUGUACUCUCAGAAGAGCGGUUUCAUUCAUGAAGUGGUAACAAAAAUGGCUGAAAAUUCUUAAGAUUUAUGUUUUGUUGCUUUUGUUUCUGUCUCUUUUGCUUGUACUGCCUUUGUGGUUUUGCUUUUUCUAGUGACUUUUCAAUAUUGAAGUGAAAUUUUAAAUUAAAAUGGGAGCAAUGUUGUUAUAAACAGAGCUUUUUUAAUUGUUG